AUGCCAUCCAGCAUUCAAGCCGUCCAUGCCGCCCGCGAACGCACCUGGAAUGCCAGUACGCACCUCGCGUCAAAGCGUGUGCUCGUCGUCGCCGUCGAGCAAUACGACCGACGUGCGGCGUACCGCCCAGUGAAGACACCCGCUCGCCGACCUCAAGUCGAAGGCGACGCCGGCAACAAGCAAUCGUGUAACGUCAGCUCGAACCUGUCGAACCUGCACCCCAAGCAGCACACGUCCGUGUCCGUCGAAAGCACCCCCGAGUCGGUGGUGUGUGUACACCGACCUCGUGUCGAAGGCGACGCCGGCAACAAGCUAUCGUGUAACAUCAGCUCGAACCUGCACCCCAACCAGCACGCGACCGUGUCCGUCGUCGAUGGCACCCCCGAGUCGGCGGUGGUUGUCCAUGUGUCAUCAUGCGACGUCGACGCGGUGGUCGUGAAACUGCGUCUGGAUAUUUCCGCGACAAUCGACGACAAGGCCGAGCCAACUGUCGAUUCCGAGUCGGUGGUCGAAGACGACAUUGCGCCGUGCGACGUCCAAGAUGAGGAAGCUACGAGUGCUACGCCACCGUGGUGGUCGUCUAUGUUUCACUCUAUGGCCACGUGUAUGACCAAGGCGUGGCGGGCACUGAGUUCGGUGGGAACGUACUUGGUCAAGGCAGCAACGGCGCUGCUUUUGUCCGUAUAUGAACUGGUUGAUGCAUCGUACAUGCACUGGGGCGACGGUGCGUCGUCCGCCGUCGACACCCCAAGACAAGAGACGGCAACGUCCACGCUCAUCUAUCGUAGCUAG